UCUCAUCGUCAUCCAUCUGAAGCAGCUGAGCUCUGUGGAUAAAUAAUAACGCCUUUGUCUGAAGAGAUACACUGAUGAGUGGUUUUCCAUAAUGUAUGGACUGGCGGGUUGUUUUCAUGCCGUGUUUCAUGCAAUCCCGAUGCUGGUGUGUUGUUGCAGGUAAAUGAUCGUGAUGAUGAAACACCUGGUCCUGCUGUGGACGCUGGCUCUAUCGGCGGCUUCAGCUGAAAUCCUGGAGAAUGACAGCAAUAAGACACUGACAAACAUUCCUGCCACCUACGAUGCCAACGUAACCCAUUUAAUCCUGAAACACAACUUCAUUGUGAUGAACAGCUCGGACAUACAGGCUUUGAGACACUACUCCAACCUGACAGAGCUGGACCUCUCGUACAAUCUCAUAGCAGAGGUGCCUGACGGAGCUUUUUCUGCUCUCAGCAACCUGGAAACGAUCUAUUUGACAGGAAAUCAACUACAAACGAUAAGGAAUGAAACUUUCACAGAUUUGAAGAAACUCAAGACACUGGAUCUGGCUGAGAAUCCAUGGAACUGCACGCAGGAGUUACUGAUGCUCGUGAAGUGGAUGAAUGACGUGGGAUUGCAGACAGGACAAAACUCCACCUGUGCCACUCCAGAGAACCUGGCUGGAAGAAGAAUCCUGGAUGUGCUCAAAACAUCAACAACAGCGCGAUCUCCAGUGACAAGCACCACAGUCACUACUAAAAAAACCACUUCUACUUCUACUACAGUCACGGCUUCCACAAAAACCUUUAUGACCAUCCAAAGUCCGGCACAUCGACAGUUGACCACAUUAAGCAGCCAGAACACUUCAAGCAAAGACUCUUUGAAAGAAGCCGAACAAAAUGACAAGUCAGUGGUGACCGAUACAUGGAAGUUCCUCACUGGAGUGAUCAUGAUCAUUCUCUGUGCGUCCAUGGUCAUCAUAUGUGCCGUCAAUUCACCCACCUGGUACAAGAUUCUGUUUGACUACCGGCACCAGAGGCUACGUGAAGCCGAGGAGUACGGUAACUUUAACACGGGCCGCUACUCCGACUUCAGCCUGGACACAGAGCAGACGGAGACCAGUGCUCACGAGCUGGACCAGGGCCUUACUGGACCAGCGGAGGACGAGGACGGCUUUAUAGAGGACGGCUACAUCCAGCCUGAGGACUAUAAGGAGCACGCUGACGUUGAUGAAGUCCAAACUGAGUGACCUUGCUAAAGAGAGGACAACGACUGAUAUGUGACUGUUUAAGGUUUCGUGCUUAAACAGGUCCGAAGCGAAAAGGUCUGUAUGUGCCAAGUCCAAACACAGAAGAAGCAGCGACUGUAGAAAUGCUACGUGAUGUUGUGAAAAAGAUCUUUCUUUCACAAUCCGUCCAAAUCCUUGUUGUCAAGUCUUUGUCUUGUGACUGUUAUUCUUCCCAAGGAAACCCUUAUACGAGUACUUAUUCGUUUUCUCCAGAACAAGCUUCACAGGUUCUGGAAGUAAAUGAUUAAUUUUUUCCUCCAUUUUGAGUACAGGCUUGCAACACAAACAGCUUCGCUGUCAAAACAUUUACAUUUACAGCAUUUAGCUGAAUCUGUCAUCCAAAGCAGCUUACAGACGUUCUGUGUAGUCUCUAAAACAUCCUGUCAUCUCUGAAUUUCCGAUUUUUAACAUACGUUUGGCAAGUGUGUUCAGAAGGUGGUUGUUUUUCUGUUUAAACGUGUCAGAAAAAGCUUUGACGGAGCUUAAAUAUCGUCCAAGUUGUUCCUCUGUAUGUUUUUAAAAGCACAGUGAAGGUAGACUGUCAUUAACGAGCUGUGAACUUUAAUCUUUAACCACGGUGUUGAGCUGAUUUGUGAUUUAUAAACACUUUAGACUACAGCGCUGCUGAAAGGUCUAAUCUGAUUGGUUGGAAAGUGUUGAUUAAUUUUCUACAAUAGCAACUUUAACAGUAGUGUCAGCUGCAAGGGAUCGUUUCACAGGGACGUGUAUGGUGGACGCUCAAAGACUACUGUAUAUAUGAUUGCUGAUUACACUGCAAGAGAAACUGCACGGACAGAUAAUUUUACUUGACAAGACAUCUUGGAAUAAGUUGGUUGCAAUCUAGAACUAGGUUUAAUAAUCUCAGAAUUGGUGUCUUGUAUUCUUCUAAUAGGAAAUGCUCGAUCGUUUCAACUACUUUCAAGAUAUUUUCACUUGCUAAGAUAUCAUUUUUUGCAGCGUUUUCUGUCAGGAGUUUAUUUAACAUUCAUUUUGUGCUUUCGGGUUGUUCUGUAACAUGACAAGCUGCGUAUUUUUAUUGUUUUGUCUUGUUAAUAGAAAUUCCACAACAUUAAACGCAACUAUAAAUGGAUUAAAAGUAUGUCCUGUAAUAUAAUGAAUAAUUAUAAAUAAUUGUAAUCGUUGGCUAAAAGGAAUCAAAACACAUUGUGAAGUCAGCUGUGCAAAAGUGUAGCGAGAGUCACUCCAUCACUGAUUAUUUUUCCUAUAACAGUACACGCCUUUCAUGUUUUAUUCCUUGCACAGCAUUCAAAAUAUAUUACAAUUGAUCAAAUAAAUGAUAUAUUAAUAAAAUGAAAUGUACAGUCAGACAAUAUGUUUUGCGUUUCUUUCAGCGCAGUUGAAAAAAAAAAAAACAGCAAAAAACAGGACAGUGUACACGUUUCUCAACCACGGGCUGCAACGCGCCAUCUAGUGGGCUGCGAUUUUUUUUUUUUUCAAGUUGAAGCUAACUUUUAGUAGAGUACGGUUUGCUGGGUUGCGUCCGACAUCACAUCCGCCUCAUUAGAUAUGCAAGACAUGAAGUGGUGGUCAGCUAAGCUCACUGUUCACAAAGCGUUACUAUCGCCGGGGCGCCUUGCUAGUCGUUAAAAUACUCUACGCUUGCUUUGUUUUGUUCUGUUUGGAUCAAACAAACCGUGAAACUGAUAAAAGUUUCUUCCGGGUUCCUUUUGAAGCGAUAAAGGGUGAAAGGGUAAGGGUUUUACCAAAAGACGACGCGAAAGGUGGCUCUUGAACCUUUCGCUGCGAUGGAAGGGAGCCGAGUCGAAGAACGCUCGGAGUUUGCAGUGAGCACUUCGUGAAAGGUUUGUACAUUCCUCUGAUUUAUUUCGUUUGGAUUCGCAAAGCAUUUUUCUCACCAUUUCCAGUUAUUUUGUGAUGGUUUGAAGUUCAGGAGACGCUUAAGCCCUCAGAUGUGUUUUUGUUUACUGUUUGAUCGUGGUCGCUAUAUUGUAAACUAAUGCAGAUAUAAUAUGUGUAAUACCCAGGUCUUUAAAGGUGUUUCUACGGAUCUUGGUGAAUGAUUUACCUGGGAGGAUUGAGAAUUGAGCAGCUGGGGUAUGUUUACACCCAAUACUUAAACUUGUAGCGUCCUAGCAACCAUCGUUAAGACGUGUACAAAAAGCCCAGAAAUGCUAUUUACCUGGGCAUAAACGAUACAGGAUUUAUCUUGUAGUGUCCUGAUCCCCAGAUCUUUAAUAAAAAGUUGUAGGCUUCCAUGCUGUUCCAGGUUUUCAUCUGUUUGUCCGUGUAGAAUGAUGUCUGCAGCACCAGGUAGUUUGAGAUGUCGGGGAACUCAACGGAUGGAUAAUUUUCCAACUCAUAGGAAAAAUCCUUCUUUGUUACCGUGUAAGGAUCUAAGCCCAUUGAGUAGUUUCUAUAUCCACUUCUUGGUUUUAAUAACUUGUUUGUUUGUUGUACACAAACAUGGAAAUAAGUUCUUGUGUUAAUGGACCAGACUCCACUUUUGGAUCAUUAAUCCCUUUUGACUGAGAAUGUCCUGCAUGCAUGGUUUAACUUCUGGCACAUCUGUACAGUUUUAAAUACAAUACCGACAAUUUGUUUUUAUUGCAUUUAUUUAAUUCCUGGGCUCCCAUCUGUAACAAGUCAAGUCAAGUUUAUUUGCAUAGCGCUUUUAACAAUAAACAUUGUCGCAAAGCAACUUUGAACUACGGAAGCCGAGA